UCAUCAGACACACACUGACGGAGUUCGGGACUGUGGCCCUGACAGCAACACACAGCAACUUACAGCAACUUUGAACAUAGCAACAGUUGUAGCGGCUGAAUCAUGGAGAGCAGCACACAGAGUUCACCUGUUUCUACAUGGAGUGAAUGUUUUGUAAUAAAACGGAUCCGCAUGUUGGUCCCUGUUGGUUUUAAGGCAGAAAUAAAAGAGUUGUCUAAACUGGCCGGACCAGUGAUUAUUUCCCAGCUCAUGGUUUUUUCAGUGAGUUUUGUUAGUAGCAUAUUCUGUGGCCAUCUGGGGAAGACAGAGCUGGCCGGAGUGGCUUUGGCCAUAGCAGUUAUCAAUGUGACAGGCAUAUCUGUUGGAUCUGGUUUGUCUGCAGCUUGUGAUACUCUGAUUUCUCAGACCUUUGGGGGCCGUAACUUCCUGAGAGCUGGGGUCAUUCUGCAGCGGGCCAUCCUCAUUUUGAUUCUGGCGUGUUUCCCCUGCUGGGCGAUCCUCAUUAACACUGAGUCCAUUCUGUUGGCUGUCAAACAGGAUCCAGAGGUGGCCAGGUUGUCUCAGAUGUAUGUGAAGAUCUUUAUGCCAGCACUUCCUGCUACAUUCAUGUAUUCAUUACAAACAAGAUAUCUGCAAAACCAGGGCAUCAUAUGGCCACAGGUAAUCACAGGCUUUGUGGUCAAUAUUCUUAAUGCUCUCAUCAACUACAUCUUUCUCUACCCAUUAAAUCUAGGAGUAGCAGGUUCUGCUGUUGCCAACACCCUUUCCCAAUUCUCCAUGGCUGCCGUUCUCUAUGCUUAUAUCAUUUGGAAAGGUCUUCAUAAGAGCACCUGGGGAGGAUGGUCUAAAGAGUGCCUGCGGGACUGGCGCUCAUACAUCCACUUGGCCAUCCCCAGCAUGAUCAUGUUGUGUGUUGAGUGGUGGACGUAUGAGAUUGGAAGUUUUCUAGCAGGUCUAAUAAGUGAGGUGGAGCUUGGAGCUCAAUCAGUUGUAUAUGAACUGGCAAAUGUUGCAUACAUGUUCCCUUUGGGUUUCAGUAUAGCAGGCAAUGUCAGAGUUGGGAAUGCCUUGGGAGCCGGAGACACAGAGCAGGCCAAGCUGUCUGCGAAACUGACAAUGUUCUGUGCAGUGUCAGUCUCUAUAUGUUUGUCGGUUUUCAUCGGUGGCCUGAAGGACCAUAUCUCUUAUGUCUUUACAUAUGAUGAACAAAUUAGGGAAAGGGUUGCUGACGUUAUAUCUUUUUAUGCUCCAUUUGUCCUCCUAGAUGCAGUAUCAGCUGCCUCGGGAGGCAUUAUAAGAGGAGCAGGUAAACAGAGAAUUGGGGCUGUUUGCAACAUUUUGGGAUUUUAUGGUGUUGGUUUUCCUAUUGGAGUGCCACUGAUGUUUGCAGCCAAAUUAGGAAUCAAGGGUCUGUGGACAGGCUUGUUUACCUGCGUGGCUCUACAGUCCUCAUUUCUGAUUUUCUACCUGGUAAGACUGAACUGGAAGAAAGUGACAGUCGAGGCUCAAAUCAGAGCGGGAGUGUGUGGGAGCUCCACAGACACAAGUCCCCAUCCAAAUGAUUCAGGGAACUCACAGGAACAAACAGACACCAUGAACCUGGCUGAAACUGAGGAGGGACCAGCAGUGGAAGAGGAGCUCCCUUACAGGACUCUGGUUCUGCGUAGGGGCCUAGCUUUGGCUGUCAUGUUAUUCAUCCUGGCUGCUGGAAUCAUUAUUAAUCUGCUCAUCACUAACUUGGUUACAUGAACAUGACAAUUCUGUUGUAUUCAGUGGAGAAACUCCUUAGCCACCAGGGCACAGUUAAAUGCAGAUGAUGGCAUUACAGGUUGUCAAAGCAGGACAUGCUGAAGAAAGGCAAAACUGCAGAUGA